UACUAUUGUCAUUAGUUAAAAUGUCUUUAGGCCAUUUUAUGUUUGUCUUUACCUUAAAGAACAGAGAACUUUUUAGGGCUUCUAGUACGCUGCUGGGCCACUGUCAAUGAAGCAGGUCAAUUCCAACAUCAAAUUUAGAGAAUUGAUAGUGUCUUAUAUAUGUCUUUGCCGUGUUCCUAUCUGACACAAUGAUGCACAAAUUUUCACAUGGGUGUGUUCUACCAUGAAGAGCCACCAAACCAACCCAAGAUAUGCAAAUACAUUGUUGCAACUCUUAAGGAAGUAUUUUCCAGUUGCCAAACUUUGGGUGCACGGCUUUCAACUUCAAGUUUUGAGGAUGAGUACCCAGUUAACGAUUUUGACGAAGAACAAGAAGUGUUUAUCUCAGCAGUGAUAAGCCGCACAAUGGAGAAACAGAAGCACAAGACAAGCGUGUUGAGACACAGUUUUUCCUGGGUAUACUCUCCUGCAACGAAAGAACUUUUGGUGACUGAGGCAGUGGCACCGCAGAAGAAGGUGGAGGGUGGUGGAGAAGAAAACGACGAAAGAGAAGAGUUUUUGUCUGUGAAAAGUUGUUUCUCACGCUGUUCGAGUUCUCCCUGUGGGUCAGCAUUCUAUUCUGUGAAGACAAGCCUUUCACGAUGUUCAAGCUUCAACGAUCUUCACCAGAAGUCCAAGCAUUGGAGACGUUCAGUGAUUGAGGAGUUUUGUCACUGCGAGGGAUGGCCCUUUGGUCUUUGCCGCAGAGCCGUGUUGCUUCCACCAUUGCCCAAGUCACCUUCUGAGUCAUGGUUAUCGCGUAAAAUGAAACCAAGUACUAAGAAACCAUGAAUUUCUUCACCUGUAUCUUACGUUACUUUAUGUUUUCCCUUUUUUCAGUUGCAAAGAGUAAACAAUGUCGGAAUACCGAAGCAUAAGCUUCUUCUAUGGUUUU